AGACAGUGUAGUUCCUGACUGUCCUGUGCAGCUUCCUCCGCUGAUCCACGGGCUGUGGACUCCAGCCACUGUCACACAUUUCAUCCAUCUCUGUGCAACGAAGUUUCCCAUUGACCUCCACAAAUCUGACUCAACUCCAACUUCUUCUCCACCUUCCAGAUAUUCAGUGCGAGUUUGGACUCCCCUUUGUCCCCUUCAUCACUCAUCAUGAUGCGUUACUGGGGAGAGAUCCCCGGACCUGCAGGAGCUCCCCCCAGUCGCAGCUCUUUUGAUUUACUCCAGCGUGAGUUUCGCUCGGUGGAGAUGCAGGACCCUCCCCUGCACCAGCCCUCAGCCCAGCGUCCUCGGCCCACCACAAUGCUUGACAUCCCCUCGGAGCCCUGCAGCCUCACUAUCCACACAGUCCAGCUGUGUCAGCAUACCCGCCGCCUCCGUGGUCUCUUGGCAGCGGCCCAAGCCCAGGCUCAGGGUCAAAGCUCAGCAUCCUCCGAAGGUGGCAGCAGGCUGGAGGAGGCUGAUACCAACCUGCCCCUGCGUCCUCCCACCCCGCCUGUCAUGCCAGAUGAUCUGCUACCUGUGGACAGCAAAGCCCCGCGGCAGCCCUUCCAGCUCCGCCACAGUGACCCUGAAAGUGACUUCUAUAAGGGUAAAGGCGAGCCUGUCACAGAGCUGAGUUGGCCCUCCUGCAGGCAGCUCCUCUACCAGUCAGUGGCGACAGUCUUGGCCCAUGCCGGCUUUGAGUCGGCCCAGGAAAGCGUGCUGGAGACUCUGACGGACCUGGUCCAUGAGCAUUACUUGCGCGUCACCCAUCUGCUGCGGGUAGCGGUGGACCGGGAGGCUCGUCUCGGAGCCAGUCCCUUCCCGGACGUGGUUGAACAAGUGUUCCACGAGGUGGGCAUCGGCAGCGUGCUGGCCCUGCAGCGCUUCUGGCAAGUGCGGAUCAAGGACUAUCACAGCUACAUGCUGCAGGUGAGUAAGGAUCUGUCGGAGGAAUACGAACGACUUGUGAACCCAGAGAAGGCUCUUGAGGACUCCAAACCCCUGAGGAUCAAGGAGGAGCCCAUGAGUGACAUCUCCUUCCCUGUUAGCGAGGAGCCCGAGGCCGACCUGGCCUCCGGGGACCAAGCUCUGCCCAUGGGAGUCCUCGGGGCCCACGGUGAGAGGCUAGCUUCAGGCCUGGAUGGUGACCAUUCUCCUCACACAUCAGGAGGAGGCGGGGCCAACAACUCGCCACUGUGGCCAGUAAAAAUGGAGCCUCAGGAUGGCGAGGAGGGCCAGGGCUCCGGCCACCAUCACCAUCACCACCACCACCAUCACCACAGCGUGCUGGGCGGAGAUGUGUUCGAGGAUGGGGGUCCCAUGUCGACCAUGAGCGAGUCAGGAGGAGCCAUGGCGCCCUCUCCCGGGGGCGCGGUGUCAGACGGCAGCUACGCUUCGCAUUCGCCAGACUCCUUGAUGGGGACCUCGCCCGUCUUCAACCAGAGACCCAAGAAACGGGCGAAGAAGAUGUGAGGACACGUUUGAGAUCAUAGACUGACUGAGACGCUAACGUCAGAAACAAACUGAACUGACCUGGAAAACAAUAUUUUGUAGUUGUAGUUUUUUUUGUAUAGUUUCUCUAAAAAAAUAGCUGAAAAUAUUUGCAUGAAAUUUAUUCAUGUGGUUUA